AUGAACUCACAAGAGUUUGAAGAACUUAUAAACAAUUGUCAUUCUAAUAGUUCAAUAGAACUACCAAUAGAAUUGAAAGUCAUCCUUAAGGAGCUACAUCAAACUAAAAUGACAGUGAAAACUUUAAGAGAAAAACAAUUAUCAAUGUUCAAAGAAUUAAAUACUGAUGACAUUUUAUUUUACCAAAAAAAAUGGAUUCUAACAACUCUAGACAACUGGCUUGACUACAUAGAGCUAUCAUCAACCAAUCCAUUAAUUAAGGAAAACAGUGAAGGGUAUAAGUCUGCAUCUAUCUAUUAUUCACUUAUUGAUCAAUUAGCACUUCACUAUUUUCAUACACUUCAAUCAGCAUCUUCUUCAGAAAGUUCCCUAUUUUUAUUACAUAAAAUUGAUCCAAGUUUAUGUGGAAGGCAGCCAGAUAUCUAUUUCUGUGAUGAUGUUCUGAAUGAUGUUAAGAGUGAAAUAAUAUUUUUAGGCAGACAAAUCUAUAGCACCAGCAAAAAUCUUCCGUUCUCCAUCUAUCAAUCCUCAUUAUCAAGAGGGAUCUCGCCAACAGGCUCAUUAUCAUCAUCUUACACUAACUCGUCAAACUUGAUCAGGAUUUGUUCCGAGAACGAUGACAAUGAUGUCAUCAUUUCAGCGCAAGUAGUUUGUACAAUUACAACGCCAAGCAUACUUGAGAUUGUUAUUUUGAUGAUAAUGACUAUAUUUUCAACGAUGAAGAUUAUUACACCCCCUCCUAUUAUUCAUCAUUCAACCAUCAAGCCAAUUGGAAUUCCAAUGAAAGCCCAAAAGAAGGAUACUUCUUUAGAACCAAACAAAGGCACAUUUGGAGAAGAUAAUGGAUUUCCUUGA